ACAGCAGGUGGCGGGCUGGGCGGCCCUGACUCACCACAGCCUUAGCACCUCCGGCCGCCUCUCUGCCCGCCUCCGGGUUAGCGAGCCGACCCUCCCAGCCGCGACCCAGCCCCGCCGCCGCCCUUCCGGCCCAGGCCCCUCGCGAAACCGGCCGCCCCCCGAAAGGCCCACGGAUUGCCGAACCCAAGCGCCCUGCACUUAAGACCCCUCACUUCCCCUAGCCACCGUAAUGCGGGGCCCCCCAGAGCAGAAAAGCCGGUGAGGGGCUCCUGCCUCCCAGCUUCGGGAACUUUUGAGAAGUUCGGAGCCUGUCCUGGUCCUGCCAGAAGUCGCUUAGGACAUCCCCGACAGCUCCAGACUCCAUGGACAGAAGCGCAGAGUCGGCCGCGAGGCCCUGGAGCGUGCUGUGCGCCCCGGCCAGCGCCCGGAACUAGGAUCCGACCAGCCCGGCUCGCCUUUCCCCCUCUUACCCCCCGCAGAAGCUCCGGGCAGGUGGCACCAUGGCCUUCUCCCAGGUGCAAUGUCUGGACGACAGCCACGUCAACUGGCGGUCCAGCGAGUCCAAGCCCGAGUUCUUCUAUAGCGAGGAGCAGCGGCUGGCGCUGGAAGCCCUGGCGGCGCGCGGCCCCGAAGCCUUCUACGAGGUGCUGAAGCGGGAAAAUAUCCGCGACUUCCUCUCGGAGUUGGAGCUCCAGCGCAUCCUGGAGACCAUCGAGGUGUACGACCCCGGCUCCGAGGACCCGCGGGGCGCAGGCGGGCUCCGGGGACCCGAGGACGCCAGCGGCGAGGGCGAGGGCGAGCGGGCCAGCGGGGCAGGCGGCGGCGCCCCCACCGAGACAGAGCCGCUGCCCUCGCUGGAGUACUGGCCCCAGAAGUCGGACCGCUCCAUCCCCCAGCUGGACCUGGGUUGGCCGGACACCAUCGCCUACCGCGGCGUGACGCGGGCCAGCGUCUAUAUGCAGCCCCCCAUCGACGGGCAGGCCCACAUCAAGGAGGUGGUGCGCAAGAUGAUCAGCCAGGCCCAGAAGGUCAUUGCUGUGGUCAUGGACAUGUUCACCGACGUGGACAUCUUCAAGGACCUGCUGGACGCUGGCUUCAAGAGGAAGGUGGCCGUGUACAUCAUCGUGGAUGAGAGCAGUGUCAAGUACUUCCUGCAUAUGUGUGAGCGGGCCCGCAUGCACCUGGGCCACCUCAAGAACCUCAGAGUGCGGAGCAGUGGGGGAACGGAGUUCUUCACCCGGUCAGCAACCAAGUUCAAGGGAGCUCUGGCCCAGAAGUUUAUGUUCGUGGAUGGGGACCGUGCAGUAUGCGGCUCAUACAGCUUCACGUGGUCAGCUGCCAGGACGGACCGGAAUGUGAUCUCAGUGCUGUCCGGCCAGGUGGUAGAGAUGUUCGACCGGCAGUUCCAGGAGUUGUACCUCACGUCUCGAAGUGUCAGCCUCAAGGAUGUCCCCAUGGAAAAGGAGCCUGAGCCUGAGCCAAUCAUGGUGCCCUCUGUGGUCCCCCUGGUGCCUGCAGGCACCGUGGCCAAGAAACUCGUCAACCCCAAGUACGCACUGGUCAAGGCCAAGAGUGCCGACGAGCUUGCUAAGACCUGCUCUGACAAACCGGAGGCCAAGCCGCCCGUGGGGCUGCAGGGCCCAGCACCGGUGGAGCGGCCUGGUGACCUCCCUGAGCUUCCCCUGCCCGUGCACCCAGGGCUGCUGCACCUGGAGCGUGCCAACAUGUUUGACUACCUGCCCACAUGGGUGGAGCCAGACCCCGAGCCAGGCAGUGACAUCCUGGGCUACAUCAACAUCAUUGACCCCAACAUCUGGAACCCCCAGCCCAGCCAGAUGAACCGCAUCAGGAUCCGCGACACAUCCCAGGCCAGUGCCCAGCACCAGCUGUGGAGGCAGAGCCAGGGUGGCAGCCCUGCCCUGCCCAGCCAGGACCAGGAUGGGGCCCCUGCCACCAAUGGCCUCCCCCAGGGGAACUCUGAGCCAAAGCCCCCUGUGCCCAAGCCCCGGACGGUCCCAGUGGCAGACCUACUUGCCCAGGAAGGUGGCAGUAUUGGCUGGACCCCAGAGACCCCAGACAAGGAGGCCCCCCUAAACGGGACCAACCACGGGCUGCCCUUGGCAGUGGGCCUGGGCCAUACCCCACUGCAGCAGCAGCUGUCAGUGACUCAGGAUGAUCCUGACAGCCUGAGGGCAGGGGUCCCCAACGGGCUGGACGGGGAGAAAGAGGAAGACGACGACGACUAUGUGACCCUCAGUGACCAGGACAGCCUUUCAGGCAGCUCUGGCCAUGGCCCUGGUCCUCGGCGGCCCUCAGUUGCCUCUUCCAUGUCAGACGAGUAUUUUGAGGUGAGGGAGCGCCAAGCCCCUCUCCGGAGGCGCCACUCAGAGCAAGUAGCCAAUGGGGCAGCCCCGCCCCCCCGCCGACAGCUGAGUGCCCCCCAUGUGAGCCGAGGGGGCUUUGAUGGGUCCAUGCAGGGCUCCCCGUGGGCCCGGAGUCGGGCGAGAGAAGAGGCGAAUGCCUCAAGGAAGAUGCAAGCUCAGCCAUCCCCAGACAAGGAGACACAGGGCCAGCAGUUCCACCAUUAUGGGAUCCCUGCCUCCAGGACCAGGAAUAAAGAUGGCUUCCCGAGGCCACUGAGGACCCCAAGACCCCAGCAAUACUGCCCUGCAGCUGACAAUGCCCAGAGCUCCCCCAGAAAAGCAGGCCCCCAUCUCUGGAAGGCCAAGGGGGCUCCAAUGCCUAGCACCCUACCAGACCCCGGGAGCUCAAGACCAGCCCGGAAUGCCAGCCCCUUGGCCGAUGGCAAGGCCACUGAGGAGCGUUCAAGUCCCUUUGGAAUCCCGUAUUCCAAAUUGUCCCAGUCUAAGCUCCUCAAGGCCAGGACAGGCGGUGGCCAAUGGGCCUCAUCUGACUCCAAACAGAGGACCCGGGCCCUCAGGGACCACAAGGACCCCUAGCUGCCUCUCCCAUCCAGACCCAUGCCUCCCGCAGCCUUGGUCUCGGCCUGGACUUGGGUGAUGCAGUGCUUGUAGAGCCGUGCCGCUCCUGUGGCUGUGGGGACUGGUAAAUGGCCGCGGGCACCAACCAAGGCACACCCGGAUGCAGUGGCGGGUGGUUGACGUGGACACUUACCUGGUCAGUGCACCAGUACCAGGUGGCCAUGAUGGUCAGACCAAAGGUCAUCCCAGUCCAGGGGAGGUCUGCCGUGUAGGGGUCUCGGAACAUGUGCAUGGCAUCUGUGCGCGGCAAGUGGCAGGUUGUGUUGGCGAUGGUCUUGGCUGGGAUGGCCCGGGCAUAGGCUGCCUCCAGCUGGUCAUAACCACCGAUCUGGUUGAAGGCUAGCAGGGUCGGGUGGGAGAGAAGACAGCUUGGUGUUGACUGGCUCUGGCUCCCCGGGCUCCCACUGCCUUCAUCUCACAAGUAACUUCCUGAUGUAGCAAACUUGAAAUUUCAUCCUUCUCCACCUCCCCAGUUGAAUUUAAUGAUUAUUUUAUUUGUAUUUAAAAUGAUACUAUUAAAUGAGUAUUUUGCACACAGGCACCCCAGGGUUCUCUUGGCCCAGUGGGAAUCCCUGCAGCCCUGGAUGCCCCUCAGCCUUGGCACAAGGCACUCUGCCAGGUUUUGGACUGUCAAUUUGAGGAAGCAAAAGUAUUUUUUUCUUGGCAUUCGAGGACCUUCCUGGAGAAUCUGAAGUGUUAAAGUCCUGACUCCAGGGGCUUCUAAAGGCAUGUCACUCUGACACAGCUGAGGUUGGCGGGUGACAAUGUGGUCCUAACCCCUUGUGGCACAGAGAAGGGAAACAGGUCAUGGGGGCAGUGGCUUCACUGAGGGCACACAGCAAGUGAGGGACAAGGUGUGCUUGCACCAGGGGUCUUUCCUGGGUGUUUAACCACCUCUGUUCCUGUCUGCGGAAACCCUGGUGGUGUAGUUCUUAAGAGCUACAGCUGCUAACCAAAAGGUUGGCCGUUCAAAUCCACCAGGCACUCCUUAGAAACCCUAUGGGGCAGUUCUAUUCUGUCUUAUAGGGUCGCUAUGAGUCGGAAUCGACUCGAUGGCAAUGGAUUGGGUUUGGUUUUGGGUUCCUGUCUACAUUGGGGCCACGGCCUUGCAUUGCCAAGAACUGGCAGGUCUGUGGUUUCUGCAUGUCUGUGACCAUCCUCAUCCCGUCCAUUCUGGGACAUGGAUCCCUAGUCUGAGACAGAUGGAUGAAGCCUGGACAUAGGAAAGCCCGUGCCAGCCCCAUUCCCUGCCUUCCCCAAGCAGGACAAGGAGGAGGAAGCCUGGAUCUGGGUCAUUGCCCACUGGAGCCUAGGCGGGGCCAAGGUCAGUUCUCAGACCAAGGGUCCAUGGGAGGCUGAGAGCACAGCCGCAGGCACUCAGGGGAAAAGCUCUUCUGUGCACAGGCACAGCGCUUGCAGGACUCUGAAGGUCUGCAGUCGCCAGGCUCUGUUCGCGUACACCUGGUGAUGGGAAGCUCGCCUCCUCUGUGGCAGCCCUAUGAGCUUCAGAGCUUCAUUCUGUUCCCAGACUGCUGUCACCAAUCUGUCUAAACUUUCUUCUUUCCUCCCCUGCCUUUGUCUAGUGGGGGGUAGAUGGCUUCUUGGGACUCUGUACAUGAUUUUAAACAAUUGGUGGAGACACCCAGGCAGUUUCGUGAGCUCCUCAUUGUGCGUCUCCAUUCCCAUCCUUGGCCCCACCUCACUGUCAAGCCCUGAGCCUAGGGCGGGCCGUCCAGCCCUGUGUUCCUGAGUCAGCUUGGGUGCCAGGCCUGGGG